CUACGCCAAAUCAACAUACAGAAUGAAAACACAAUGCCUUGCGUAGCAGAGAUGAGAAGAACCCUGACGCCUUCCAAUUCUCCAAUGUCUUCUCCUAGUAAGCAUGGUGACAGAUUCAUUCCCUCAAGAGCUGGGGCCAACUGGAGCAUCAACUUCCACAGAAUAAAUGAAAAUGAAAAAUCACCAAGUCAAAACAGAAAAGCAAAGGAUGCUACAUCGGACAAUGGCAAAGAUGGCCUUGCUUACUCUGCCUUGCUGAAGAACGAACUCUUAGGAGCAGGGAUCGAGAAAGUGCAAGACCCACAGACGGAAGACAGGAGGCUGCAGCCAUCCACCCCGGAGAAGAAGUCUCUCUUCACUUAUUCGCUCAGCACAAAACGCUCUAGUCCAGAUGACGGCAACGAGGUCUCACCAUAUUCCCUGUCUCCUGUCAGCAACAAAAGUCAGAAGCUGCUAAGAUCACCUCGAAAACCAACUCGGAAAAUCUCAAAGAUUCCUUUCAAAGUGCUGGAUGCCCCAGAGCUGCAGGACGACUUCUACCUGAACCUGGUGGACUGGUCCUCUCUUAACGUCCUCAGCGUUGGCCUUGGGACUUGUGUUUACCUAUGGAGCGCUUGUACUAGCCAGGUAACCCGACUGUGUGAUCUCUCUGUGGAAGGAGAUUCUGUAACAUCGGUGGGCUGGUCAGAACGGGGGAACUUGGUAGCCGUUGGCACUCAUAAGGGCUUUGUACAGAUCUGGGAUGCAGCUGCAGGAAAAAAGCUCUCCAUGCUAGAGGGGCACACAGCCAGAGUCGGUGCCUUGGCAUGGAACGCGGACCAGCUGUCUUCUGGGAGUCGAGACAGGAUGAUCCUCCAGAGGGACAUCCGCACCCCACCCCUGCAGUCUGAGCGGCGGCUCCAGGGCCACAGGCAGGAGGUCUGUGGGCUCAAAUGGUCUACGGACCACCAGCUCCUGGCCUCUGGAGGAAAUGAUAAUAAGCUCCUUGUCUGGAAUCACUCCAGCCUGAGUCCUGUCCAACAAUACACAGAGCAUCUCGCAGCAGUAAAAGCUAUUGCAUGGUCUCCCCACCAGCACGGACUCCUCGCCUCCGGCGGAGGGACAGCUGACCGCUGCAUACGCUUCUGGAACACGCUCACCGGGCAGCCUUUGCAGUGCAUCGACACUGGCUCGCAAGUGUGCAACCUGGCCUGGUCGAAACACGCCAACGAGCUAGUGAGUACCCACGGAUACUCGCAGAACCAGAUCCUUGUCUGGAAAUACCCCUCGUUAACUCAAGUAGCAAAGCUAACAGGACACUCGUACCGAGUCUUAUAUCUGGCAAUGUCCCCUGAUGGGGAGGCCAUAGUUACAGGAGCUGGAGAUGAAACCUUGCGCUUCUGGAAUGUCUUCAGUAAAACUCGCUCGACAAAGGAGUCUGUAUCCGUUCUCAACCUCUUCACCAGGAUACGAUAAACCCCAUAUACUGCGACCCAGGAGACUACAGCCUGACAUACCAGGAUAAAACCACUACCUUGGUGUGCAUGGAACCCCAAACGAUCAGCCAGAAGGGAAGGGAGUGCCAGUGGGACUGGAGGAUGGACCUAACGGAUGCUAAUUAAAUACGUGCUUGUGAACCACGCUGGGCGGUAUUUGGGAUGGGGUUGGGGAGGGGAGGGAACUGCCAAAGGUUUACGGAUUCAUCCUUCAUAAAGGGAAACGGGUACAAGAGAAACGUUAAACCAGCAUCCUCCAACCCUCAUGUUGUGUACUGGAGAAAACGUGUGACAUGGACCAUUGAGACCGGACCAAGGCCAUCCCAGCUGCUGUGUUGUCCCCUCUUGGGAGAGAUGAGAGUAUCCUUGCCUCUGUGGGAGCGGGUUUAACGUGCUGCUCUGGGUCCCUCUGUCCUCGGGUGGACAUCUUUGGAGGUAGGAGCCAGCCAGACUUGUUCAAUACAACUGGUGCAAGGGGGCUAAACUCCAGGCUGGGCGUUAGCCUCUCUGAUUAUCUAAGGACAUUGUUUAUAGCCUGGCAUCCCCGUUACAUGAAGAAACUGGAGAACUGCUUAUUUUCCUUUUUUCUUUUUUUUUUUCCUUCUCCCCCCCACUCCC